AUGGCUGCGCAGUCCAUACGCGGGCUGGGGCGCAGCGGCUCAUCGGCCACGCGCCCCACGGACUCGUCGGCAGCGCCGUCGACGCUGCUCGCCCGUGCUCUGUGGCAGCGGCGGGUGCCAUUGAUCAUCACCCACGCUGCGUUGGGCAGCCCUGACGAUGACGGGGCGGCCGCAGCGGCAGGCGUGCUUGGCGGCGACGGUGGCGGCGGUGGCGCUCAGAAGCUGCCACCGUUCUAUGCCACGUCCGUGCCACGGUUCGGAUACCUGGCCCAGCUGCUGCCGCGACUGUCGGCCUUCUUCGGCCGGCCCUGUUCAAGCUUCCACUACGAGGACGUGCCGCUGCGCAACCUGCCCGUCGGCCUGCUGCUGGACCUGUAUCGACCGGUCGCGCUGCCGCCCGGAGCCGGUGGUGGUGGUACCGGUGGUGCCGCUGCACAGGACGGGCGGCCCGACGCGGGACACAUGACGCCCUGGCGCCUCGUCGUGGCCGAUGGCGAGGCCUGGCACCUGGGCGACACGUUUCUGAACGGCGCCAAGGAGGCCGACUACGUGCGCUACGGCAGCGCGAAGCAGAUCAUGAGCCUGUCCAAGGCCAACACCGAAGCCCUGUGGCACGCCGUGCAGGACAACGACUAUGCCGCCUUUGCCCGCGUCAACAACCUGCUGCUCAACGCACCGACGCCGCUGCGCCACAUCCCGCUGCGCCUCUACAUCCCGACCACGGCACCGCCCGCCCAGACGACCGACAAUGCCGCCGCCGCCACCUCGGCCUCGCCAGCCACCACCCCGGGCACGUACAAAGUCAUGCAGGCGCUCGUGCAGCCACGGACCAGCCAUCGUCAGCAACAGACUCUCGGUCCGGCGCUGCGCAGUCUUCUGCCGCUGCUGUUUCCGAGCAGCCGCGAUCCCGUGCUGGCCAACGUUAUUCUGCACGGCGCCCCGGUGCCAUUCCACGCGCCACUGGAGGACCUCAUGCGUGAGGCCGCAUACCCAGAUGGAUGGCUGUGCCUUAUUGUUGUCCUUUUGUAG